AUGCCUCCAUAUAGUCCAUUCCCGGCAAGGCUAGUUCUACCCAUCCUUCCCGGCCGCGAAGAAAACGUCCGUAUCCAAAAGGCGCGCAACGAAUACGAAGACGAGACACGCUUCACCACAUUUCCAGAGUACAUCGAGUACUGCCACGACUAUCUAUCCAAGACACCAGAUAUUGAUACGUAUAGAAUACUGCAGCCGAUCGCAAUAUCAGACGUGGAGCAUCCGAAAAGAGAUAUGACUUUGUGUCAGACGUAUCUACGGCCCUGGCGGGGGUUUGAGGAGAUGCAGAUAUGGGUGUAUAACGACGUUUUGGAGACGCUGGGUUCUAGGGAGGUGUUUACGCCGAGAAAUGUCAUAAAAUCGGAUGGGUGGCGGCUCUGCCGUGAGGCCUUGGUGUCAGAGGCACAUUUAUCAUUUCAUCUUGAAUACGGCGUGGGGAAACCCGCCGAGAGGAUAAUGCCUGCCAUGCAAGAGUCGGGGUUAUCAAGAUUUGAUUUGAAUGAUAAGGGAGGGAUCGUGUUUCAAUACAGAGGUGACGGUAACGACGGAUUACCACAGGCUUCUGCUGUACGGAACGACAGUAACAAGACCCUCCUCUUCUACAUCCAAGAAAAGCAUAAAAUGACACCCGAGGAUCUUCGCGUUGGGCUACGGCAGCCGGACUUUUGGAAAAAGGUCAUUAGACGCAGCGAAGUUCCUGGAGACAUGAGUGAGCAGCUCAUGUAUAAUGCAGAGUAUCUGGCGGGCACCGCGUUGGCUCAGGCAUAUGAUACCAUGGUGCAUCGUGGCACGCCAUACGGCGUCCUGGCAACUGGCAGCUGCCUAGUUUUCUUGCACGUCGGCGAGGACGACCCAGAAACGCUGUAUUACUUUCUGUCGGAGCCAAUUUUGGAUGUACAAGCCAUGCUCAACAGAGGAGACACUAAUUGGAUGAAGAAACCAGUCACGGCGGUGGGGCGUUUGCUUGCCCUCUCUCUAAUGACCUCCGGAUAUAACGCAUCGGCAGUUCGCAGAGCGCCUUCACCAGAGCCCCCAACAAGGAGACAUCGCGUUGCACCGACAGGGCUAUCGCUCGAGUUCUGCACUGUGAAAUGCUUGCUAGGAUUACAACGAAAAGGCGAGCUUGACCAAAACUGCCCAAACGUGGGUUUUCACCAGUCAGGCGGCGAUCUCACACUUUUCCACCAGAUCGACAGUGCGGAUAUGGUGCGCUUGCUGAAGCUCCAAUUAGAUAGAGACUUGCAGCAAUAUUGCCACCUAAUCGAUACCCGAAGUCCAGAGGAAAUCAUGAAGGGGUGGGGAGCACUUUUCAAAUUAUCCCUCAUGCCGUAUGGAUAUACAGUGGCUGGUAAAGGAAGUGUGGAAGAGGGCUGGACGCACGGGCUGUGCAAGGAAGAAAAGAUUUAUCGACUAUUACAGCCCGCCCAAGGUUCUGAUAUCAGAAUGCACUGUGGAGCGAGGAGCGAGAUGAAUAUCAAUCAGAGAACGCUCGCUGGGAUAGCAAGAUGUCAUGCACAUGCGUUAUCUCAGGCGUCAAACCGUUUCUGCCAAGGACCUAGUUGCUCACAGCAGGUACAGCGUGCAUGGUACACUCGACACGGGCGACAGAACCGCAUCCCUGCAGCAUACUAUCGCGGCGGCACAUCGCGAGCGCUGCUAUUCCAGCAGAAAGACCUGCCGGCAAACAAAGACGACUGGCAGUCAAUAUUCCUAGGGACGAUCGGGUCACCCGACCCUAAUGGUCGGCAGCUCGAUGGAAUGGGCGGUGGCAUCUCCAGUCUGUCCAAGAUCUGUGUUGUGAGUCCGUCGAAGCGGCCUGACGCGCAGGUCGAGUUCACGUUUGUGCAGGUCGGAGUCAAAAACGAUGGUAUCGAUUAUGCCGGCAAUUGUGGCAAUAUGUCGAGUGCAAUCGGUCCCUUUGCCGUCGAUUCUGGGCUGAUUCGGCCGACGGUUAGUCGUGAGGGCAAAUCUGAGACGACAACAGUCAGCUUGUACAACACGAACACGCAAAAGAUCAUCCACGCCACAUUCCCCGUUACCUCUGACGGAUCUGAAACGGUGUAUGACGGUGAAUUUGCCAUUGAUGGUGUUGCAGGCACGGCAGCCAAGAUCCAACUCGACUUUGUCGACCCGGGAGGGUCAAAGACGGGCAAAUUGUUGCCGACGGGCAAUGUAGUUGACAGGAUUGAUGAGAUCGAGGUGACUUGUAUCGACGCAGGCAACCCGUGUGUCUUUGUGAGGGCGGCUGAUUUGGGUGUUGAUGGCACGAUGCUGCCUCAGGAUACGGAGGCCCGCCCGGAUCUUUUGGGCAGGCUAGAAUUGCUUCGCGCCAAAGCAGCAGUGGCCAUGGGAAUGGCAACGACGGUCGAAGACGUACCUGCAUCGAUCCCCAAGAUCUGUUUCGUUUCCAAACCAGUUGAGCACCAGCUGCUUUCGGGCGAGACGCUGGCGACAGACUCGGUGGACGUGGUUGUUCGCGCCAUCUCGACAGGCCAGCCACACAAAGCGCUGCCCAUCACCUGUGGACUGAGUGUGUCGGCAGCUGCCAGAUUGAAUGGCUCGCUGGUGCAGCAAUGUCUCUCAGGUAUUGCUGCUCAAAAGACUGAAGUCGUGGUCGGGCAUCCAAGUGGCCAGCUAGUGGUGGACGCCUUCUUUGACCAAGCAGGCAAGCUGGUGCGCGUAACGGUCUAUCGCACGGCGCGGCGGCUGAUGGAAGGAGCUGUAUUUUGGAAGUGA